AUGAUAGAAAGUGACGUCUCGUCCAUAAUGUCAGGAAUUAUUCGACACUCAGGGCCAAGUCAUCACCGCUCUCCGCAGGAGUACAGGCUCCUGGCCACCACGGGUGACGAGGACCUUCCCGGGGACCUGCAGUCACUGUCGUGGCUCACGGCCGUGGACGUGCCCCGGCUGCAGCAGAUGGCAAGUGGCCGCGUGGACCUGGGUGGCCGCAGUGCACCACCCGCUCACCCAGGUUCCCUGGCUAGGGUGGCUGACCUCCAUGUAGGAGCCACCCCAGGGCCCCUGCUCCAUGGCCAGGCAGGCAUGGCCCCCCCGGGCGUGCUGGGCCUGGGCCCCAUGACCAGCCACAGAGCCAGCAUGACCCAGUUCCCUGUUGGGGGGCAGCCCCCCUCUAGCCUGCAGGACCCAACGCAGAUGUACUCUCCGGCUUCCCAGCCACCGUUCCCGCUCCCCCGAGGCACCCAGCAGUGCCCUCCUGUGGGCCUGUAUGGCUCCCCGUUUGGGGCACGACCUCCCUACCCCCAGCCCAGCAUGGCUGUGCAUUCAUCUCAAGAGCUGCACCCCAAACACUACCCCAAGCCCAUCUAUUCCUACAGCUGUCUGAUCGCCAUGGCCCUAAAGAACAGCAAGACGGGCAGCCUGCCUGUGAGCGAGAUCUACAGCUUCAUGAAGGAGCACUUCCCCUACUUCAAGACGGCGCCCGACGGCUGGAAGAACUCCGUGCGACACAACCUGUCCCUGAACAAGUGCUUCGAGAAGGUGGAGAACAAGACGGGCGGGUCCUCGCGCAAGGGCUGCCUGUGGGCCCUCAACCUGGCCCGCAUCGACAGGAUGGAGGAGGAGAUGCAGAAGUGGAAGAGGAAGGACCUGGCUGCCAUCCACCGGAGCAUGGCCAACCCGGAGGAGCUGGACAAGCUGAUCUCAGACCGGCCAGAGAGCUGCCGCCGCCCUGGCAAACCGGGGGAGCCCGAGGCCCCCGUGCUGAGCCACGCCACCACGGUGGCUCGCUCCCUGCACCACCAGCUCCAGCCCCAGGCACACCUGGCCCCAGACUCCCCUGCCCCAGCCCAGACCCCACCCCUGCAUGCCCUGCCGGACCUCAGCCCCAGCCCCCUGCCCCACCCGGCCGUGGGCAGAGCUCCCGUGGACUUCAUCAACAUCAGCACCGACAUGAACCCCGAGGUGGAUGCCCUGGACCCCAGCAUCAUGGACUUUGCUCUGCAGGGGAACCUCUGGGAGGAGAUGAAGGACGAGGGCUUCAGCCUGGACACGCUGGGGGCCUUCGGAGACUCCCCCCUCGGCUGCGAGCCGGGGGGCUUGGGCCUGACCCCCGUCUCUGGCAGCAGCGAUCAGUCCUUCCCGGACUUGCAGGUGACGGGGCUGUACACGGCCUACUCGGCCCCGGACAGGAACCUCUGGGAGGAGAUGAAGGACGAGGGCUUCAGCCGGGACACGCUUCCUGUGAGCUGA